AUGGGAUCAAAAAAUGAAAACAGGAAGAACCGUAAGGACAAAAUAGAGAAGAAGGCUAAGGAUAAUUUGAGUUCAAAUCAUUCAGCACCAAGUGAUGUUAAGGUUAUCAGUGAUCCUCGAUAUGCAAAGGCUCAAACGGAUCCUCGGUUUAGGGAGGCUCCAAAGCGUGAAACAAAGGUGGCCAUUGACUCUCGCUUCAACCGCAUGUUUACUCACAAGAGUUUUUUGCCCUCUGCUGCUCCUGUUGACAAGAGAGGCAAGCCCAAGAACAACCCAACCUCACAACUUGGUUCUAUGCGCCAUUACUACAAAAUUGAUGAAAAGGAAGCAGAGAAGAGUAAUGAUGAGGAAGAGGAGAAUAAAGAGGAAUUGGUGAAAGUGAAUCGGUUGAAACCAGAGGGUAAUAAAGGUUCCGAGUUGGAAGAGACCAGUGAAUCUGAGUCAUCAUCUGAGUCAGAAGAGACCAGUGAGUCAGAGUCUGCUACAGAUACAGAUACAGAUGAAGGUGCGGAUGAGGAAGUGAAUGAGGAAGAAGCAUCUGAUGUCCAGGAAGACAUAGUGGAGAUUGACAAGGAAACACAUAGGCUUGCUGUUGUUAACAUGGACUGGAGGUUUGUUAAGGCUGUUGAUUUGUAUGUAUUGUUAAGCUCAUUUCUCCCACCUAAUGGACUGAUCAAGUCAGUAGCUAUCUAUCCAUCUGAGUUUGGCCUUCAACGUAUGAAAGAGGAGGAAGUUCAUGGACCUAUUGGUCUAUUUGAUGAUGAAAAUGAAAAAAGUGAUGAAGAUAACAACAAUGACGACAUUGACAAUGAGAAACUGCGUGCAUAUGAGAAGAGUAGGAUGCGGUACUAUUUUGCUGUGGUGGAAUGCAACUCAAUUGCCACAGCAGAUUACAUUUACAAGGAAUGUGACAGUGUUGAGUUCAUGCAGUCAUCGAAUGCACUUGAUUUAAGGUUUAUCCCUGACAACAUGGAAUUCAAACACCCACCUCGGGAUGUUGCUAAUGAGGUACCUGCAAAUUAUGAGUGUAAGAAUUUCUAUUCUCGAGCACUACAGCACAGUGAGGUUAGUCUUACAUGGGAAGAUGAUGAACCUCUUCGGGCAAAGAUAUUGAACCGGAAUCUCAAUGAUGAGCAGCUAGCUCAGAUGGAAUUGAAGGAACUCUUGAAUUCUGAUGAGAGUGAAAGUGAUGAUAGCAAGGAUAAUAUUGAGACAGAUGAUCAGUCUGAUAAAGUAGAAAAAAAACGAGCAAAAUACCGUGCUUUGCUCCAGUCUGGUGAUGAUUCAGAUGGAGGUGAUGAACAUGAUAAUAUCCAGGAUAUGGAGGUCACCUUCAAUACAGGUUUGGAAGAUUUAAGCAAACAUAUAUUGGAAAAGAAGGAUAAAAAAUCAGAAACAGUUUGGGAUGCAUAUUUGAGGAAAAAACGUGAGAAAAAGAAGGCCAGGAAAAAUAAAGCAAAGUAUUCAUCAGAUGACGAUAGUGAUGAUACUGAUCAAGAGGCAACUGAAGAAGGAGAUGACUUCUUCAUCGAGGAGCCUGCUGUCAAGAAGAGGAAGAAGGAACAAAAUACAGAAGACAAAGAACAUAAGCCCCAAGACAAAGUGAGCAAAGAGGAGCUUGAACUGUUGCUUGCUGAUGAUAAGGGGACGGAUGCUGGUCUCAAGGGAUAUAAUCUUAAAUUUAAAAAAGGCAAGGGAAAAAGGAGGGAUAAUGCUGUUGAAGAGGACAAAAUACCAAGUAAUGCAUAUGAUGAUCCACGUUUUGCAGCUCUUUUCUCACCAAACUAUGCAAUUGAUCCUACCGACCCACAAUUUAAAAGGAGUGCAACAUAUGCAAGGCAGCUAGCACAGAAGCAGCUGAAGGAUAGUGCGGAUCCACCUAUGGAAAGGGAGCCCUUAAAGCUAAAAGGAAUGCAGUUGUCUUCUGAUGAUUCAGGCAUGAUGAAGAAAGGUGAGGAAAAAGUAUUGGAUGCUUCAAAGUCAAAGAAAGAUAAAUAUGAAAUAUCAUCUUUGGUUAAAUCGCUUAAGAUGAAAUCAAAGCAAGUUCAGUUACCCUCUGAAAGCAAGACAAGGAAAGAUGGAAAAUCACACAUUAAAGGUGUGAAAAGGAGGCACUAG